AUGAUAAAAUAUUGGAUUAGAUCAUUUCAUGUAUCAAUUAGAAAAUAUACAUUUGUUAGUACUACAACACCAUAUUCAGAUAAAUAUUAUAGACCAAUUAUAACAGAAGGGGCAGCAGGAUUUGAUAAAUUAAUUAUACCAAAAGAUUUUUGUGCAGAUAAUCAAAAUUUAAUAAGUGAAAAUGAUUUACAGAAUCAAUUGGUCGAUAUAGUUGAUACUUUCAAAUCUCCAAUAGAUUCAUCAAUUGGUUAUGGAUCUGGAAUAAUACCACAAGAUGGUUAUGAAUUAAAAGAAGAAAAACAAUUAGAUUUUAUAUUUUUAGUUAAAGAUUCACGAAUAUUUCAUCAAGAAAAUUUAAAACAAAAUCCAAAUCAUUAUUCAACUAGUUCUACUUGGUUAAUUAAUCUAAUUCAAGGUAAAAAUGGGAUUUAUUUUAAUCCAUACAUCACGGUAAAAGAAAAAAUUAUAAAAUAUGGAAUAGUUACAAAAAGAUCUGCUUUAAUGGAUUUAAGUGAAUGGAGUUCAUUAUAUUUUGCUGGUAGAUUACAAAAACCAGUAAAUUAUAUAAAAGAUAAUGAUAUAAUGUUAAAAUUUUUAAAUCAAUACAAUCUAAAGAAUGCAAUGACUAUAGCAAUUUUUCUAAUUAAAACAAAUCAAUUUACUGAAAAACAAUUAUAUGAACAAAUUACAAGUUUAUCAUAUUUAGGAGAUUUUAGAAUGAUUGUUGGAGGAGAAAACCCUAAUAAAGCCAAAAAUAUAGUAACAAAACAAUUUGAUAAUUUUAAAAAAUUAUAUGAUCCAAUACUACAAUUUUUCAUUCAUAAAAAUUAUUUGGUAAUUACAGAUAAUGAUGAAAAAAAUAGAACUUUUAAAACAAAUUUAAAUAUAAAUUCAAGAAUUAAAUUAAUAAGUUGUUUACCAUUACAUUUUAGAACUCAAUUAUAUAGUAAAUAUCCAGAAUCUUCUAUAAAAGAUAUUGCAAAAGAUUCAAAUUUACCAAAUAAUAUAAAGAAUCUUAUAGCUAGAACCAUUACUUAUAGUUCAAUUUUACAAACUAUAAAGGGAGUUUUAACUGCUGGAAUAUUUAAAUCAAUUAAAUAUGCUCUUGCUAAAAAGAGUAAAAGUAAACCAACAAAUUAA